UUACGCAUUUUUCUCUUUUUUUCGUUUCUAUAAGAAGAAUAUUCUAUUCAAUUGAAAAUUGUCAUCAUUCUAGUUCCAGAAUGUCUUCGACAACAAUUUCAUCAUCUUUUAAUAAUAAAAAAAAUUCACAACAACAACAACACAACAACAACAACAAGCAGCAGCGGCCACAUUAUACAGAAAAAAUUGAAAAUUAUUAUCGUACAAGUGAAAAUGUUUAUAGAUUGGCUGAUCAUCAUACAAAUCAUCCAAAUAUGUCUGAAUGGAUUAUAAACUAUCCACGACAAUUAUAUUUUAAUAAUAAUAAUAACAAGAAUUAUAUUAAUAUUAAUAAUCAAAAUGAUGAUUUAUAUGAAUUACAUGUCGAUGUAACUGGUUAUAAACCGGAUGAUAUUAGUGUAAGUACAAAAGAUGAUUUAUUAAUCAUAAAUGGUCAUUAUGAACAGAAUGAUCAACAUCGAAAUGGUUAUCAAUCCAAAGAAUUUACAUAUAAAUAUCAAUUGCCUAAAUUUUUGGUCAAAGAUAAAAUGAAAUGUAUGUUUAAAGAUAAUGGCCAUCUAUUGAUUGAAGCACCAAUUGAACAGCCAAAUACAAGACAAAUACCGAUAAAAAUAUUGAAUGAACCAUCAUCAACACCAUCACCAUCACCAUCAUCAUCAACAUCGACAACGGCCAAAUUAAUUAAUGGUCAUAAUCGGUCAUCGGCUACAUCGAUUACAACUACUACUACUAAUAAUAAUGAACAUGAUGAUAAUAAUGUGGCUACUAUUACUACUACCAGCAAAAAUAAUAGUGUUAGCCAUGUAUAAUGAUCAGAUUUUCAAAAAUUUUUAAAUU